CGCGGUGCCCGGCGCGGGCGUCCAGCGCGGGCGUCCAGCGCGCGGCCACUCUGCGCCCCGGCCGGGCUCCCGCGCCUCGCCUCGGGCCCGCGGCUCCAUCCUCGGGCUCGGACGCCCGCCCCCGGCCCGCGCGGCGGAGCUGCCGAAGCGUCCGAGGGUCCCCCCGGGCGCCCCCCGACUUCCGGCCGCGGCGCCGCCCUCGCCCGGCCCGGGAACGCGGCUGUGGAACCGAAAGUGAAGCCCCUCCGCGGGCCCGCUCGCCUCAGGACAGGCCUCGGAGGGGCAGCGGGGGCUCUGGACGCCUCCCGAGGACAGCCAGCCAUGUCUUUGGAGGACAUCAAGAUGAGGCCCGGUGACCUGCAGGAUGAGCAGUACCUGGAGAGCGGCGGCUUCGGGAAGGUGUCCCUGUGCUGGCACAGAUCCCACGGGCUGGUCAUCCUGAAGAGGGUCUACACGGGGCCCAAGCGCACCGAGUACAACGAGUCCCUCCUGGAGGAGGGCAAGAUGAUGCACCGGCUGCAGCACCGGCGCGUGGUGCGGCUGCUGGGCAUCAUCAUCGAGGAGGGGGACUACUCCCUGGUCAUGGAGUACAUGGAGAAGGGCAGCCUCAUGCACGUGCUCCAGGCGCAGGUCAGCAUCCCCCUGUCUCUGAGGGGGAGGAUCAUCCUGGAGACCAUCGAGGGCAUGUGCUACCUGCACAGAGAAGGUGUCAUACACAAGGACCUAAAGCCCCAGAACAUCCUGGUGGACAGGGACUUUCACAUCAAGAUCGCAGACCUCGGCGUUGCCUCCUUCAAGACGUGGAGUAAACUGACACAGGAGGAGCACAACAAGCAGAGGCUCCUGAACCCCAGCAGGCCCCCGAAGAACGGCGGCACCCUCCACUACAUGGCCCCCGAGCACCUGAAAGACAUCAACGCCAUGCCCUCCGAGAAGUCAGACGUGUACAGUUUUGGCAUCGUGCUCUGGACAAUCUUUGCCAACAAGGAGCCUUACGAGAAUGCCAUCUGCGAGGAACAGCUGGUCCUGGGCAUCAAGUCUGGAAACAGGCCCGACCUGGAGUACAUCAUCGAGUACUGCCCCUGGCAGAUCAUCGCCCUCAUGGAGGAGUGCUGGAAGGAAGAACCCACGCUCAGGCCCCUCUUCACCGACAUUGAAAAAGUAUUUAAGCCAUUUUAUUGCAGUGAGUUGGAAAACAAAGUAGAAGAUGCUGUGGCAAGUUUAAAGGAAAAAUUUCCGUGUGACAACGAAGUGGUGAGGAGGAUGCAGUCGCUCCAGCUGGACUGUGUGGCGCUCCCUCCCAGCCGCUCAAACUCAGAGCAGCCGCACUCACUGCGCAGCUCCGAGGGCCUGGGGGCGACCCCCGUGGAGGAGUCCUGCUUCGCCCCCGCCCCGGACCACCAGCCCGAGGAGAACGAGUUCCACCUGCAGAGCAAACUCCAGGAGGAAGCCAACUACCACCUGUACGGCAGCCGCAUGGACAGGACCGCGAAGCCGCAGCCCCCGCCAGCCGUGGCCACCCGCCACGAGGAGGAGAGGAGGCGCCGGGUCUCCCACGACCCGUUUGCACAGCCCAGACCCUUGGAGAACACGCAGAGCCCUGAGGGGAAAGGCUUCGUCUACGCCGGUGCAGCCGGGCCUGCCCCGGCCGUGCCCGCCAGCCAGCCCGCAGGGUACUGGAACGGCGGGCUCCCCGGCACGCAGGGCUUCUGGGCCAGAGCCCAGGACCCGGCAAUGGCGGCCCCACGGGUGUGGAGCGGGCCCUGCCCGGGCACACCGUGUCCCCCGCUGAAGGUGCCCGUGCCCGAGAGCCACUUUGUGGUGACCGCCCCCACCAUGCCGUUCAUCUCCCAGCUGUCGAGAGACGAGUCGGCGAGGUGCGCCAUCUAUAACAGCAGCGCCAUUCAGAUCGGCGACAACAACUACAUGGAGGUGAACGGGCUGAUGCCUCCUCCGGUGUGGGACUACUCGUACCAGAGCCCGCCCGCCGAGCCAGCGCAGGAGCCCGAGUACCAAGAGAUCUUCGGGGACAGCACCAGCCUGACGGACAGGCACCUGGACCCCAUCCGGGAGAACCUGGGGCGGCACUGGAAGAGCUUCGCGCGGAAGCUGGGCUUCACCGAGGCACAGAUCGAGGAGAUCGACCACGACUACGAGCGGGACGGGCUGAAGGAGAAGGUCUACCAGAUGCUGCAGAAGUGGGUCAUGCGGGAGGGCACCAAGGGCGCCACCGUGGGCAAGCUGGCCAGGGCGCUGCACCAGUGCUCACGGGUGAGGCUCCUCAACGAACUCAUCCUCGUCAGCCAGAACUGACGCCGGGCGCGGCCACUCGGCCGGUGGAGGAGGACUUUGUCUGUCUGCACCACGAGGAAACGACAGUCCACUUCCUGGGGUUCUGUUGGACUGAGCCGGGGCGGGAGGGGAGAGGGGUGAUUUCCUCCAGCCCCCAGCCUCUCACCACCCCCGGCCCCCAGACCUGGGCUGAAGGAAGGGGCCGAGCACCUGAGCUGACGGGGCCACGGGGCCGGGGAGGAGACUCGGGACACAGGACGCGCCGCCCUGACACAGCCAGGCGCAGGAGCGAAGACAGGCUUCCUCAGGCCGCAGCCCCGGCUGGGACGGCUCCUUGUGGUGCGCCUGAUGCCCCGGGGGUCGCGGGGUGCUUGGAAGCGCCUCCCGGCCCUGAAGCCAGCAGCCGCUCUUCUCCCCAGCCGUGACAUCAAACUGCCCCCGGGCUGGGCCUGAUGUUGAAGGGCAGAACGGCCCAGGUGACCGGGACAGCACGUGGCCUCCCACGAGAGCACAGGGACUCCGCACGGCGCUGCGGAGCAAGCCGGAUGAGUUCUUCCCGAGGGCGGGCCCGAGUCUGUACUAACAGCCCUCCAACUGCCUGAGAGACUCCAUGACUGAUGUUAGUCAGUCAAAAAACUAAUAAAAAAAAUUAUUAUGGGGUAUUUUUUAAAUAAAGUUUUGCACCAGGACCAUAGUCCACUGAAGGAGAGUGUUUGCAGGACGGUUGGGCCGUGGCACCGUGGCCUGACCCCAGGUGGCAAUCUCCCACUUUCCCUUUCUCAGCCUCCUGCUUACCUCGAGGAGAGAGUGUGUGCAGAGAAGCUUCCAGACAGUGCUCAGGGUGAAAACUCACUGCCUCCAGAGCCUGAAGCCCAGCGGCCCUUCAGAGGGCUCCCUCAGAGAACCCCAAACCAUUCUCUGGAGGCAUUUCAAUAAAAGGCCUAACCACCACCGAAACACCUUUCUUGGGGCCCAGAGAUAGCGUUUGCCUUGAAAGCCACAGGGUGCUUGCUUUUCUUGCGGCUCACGGGGUCUGCGGUUCGAUCCCAGGAACCCCAUGUGGUCCCCCAAGCCCACCAGAAGUGAUCCUUGAGUACAGCUGGGAGCGGCCUCCCAAACAAAACAGGGAGUGAGUCAUGAUACCAACAACCUAAAACCUUAAAGGAUCACUUUUUGCUUAGCACCAAGGUAACAGAAAUUAAAAUUGUGCAGAUCCUUCUCAGCUCUGGCAGGAAGCCCCAGUCAACAUCUCAGGAAAGUGAGAAAGGAAAUGCCCCCCACCCAGGAUUUCAGAAAGUCCUUAACAGCAGCACUGCCCUGUAGCACUGUCGUCCCAUUGUUAUUGAUUUGCUCCAGUGGGCCCAGUAACGUCUCCAUUGUGAGACUUGUUGUUACUGUUUUUGGCAUAUGGAACACACCGUAGUAGUGGACUCAAUUUGAACCCUUUCCUUUUCUGCAAGAAAUUGCUAUGAUAGACCUAAAGGUUUAAAGUAGGAUACAAAUGUUUGUCUAGUCCACAUUUCGUCCAGCACUGCAGUAUUCCUGCGGCAAAGCUCCGAAACCAACUGGACGGGUUCAACUUCCAGAAGGUCUGCCAGGGCCCAGACUGGGGUGACAUUCCUGGAGAGAUUAAUGAUUGGCCAUCAGCGGUGCCCGGGUUUGGAACGUG